AUGAAUGUACCAGCUACAAGAAACGACCUUAUGAUAGUGAAUAUGGGGCCUCACCACCCAUCAAUGCAUGGUGUUCUUCGACUGAUCGUUACUCUCGACGGUGAAGAUGUUAUUGACUGUGAACCUAUAUUAGGUUAUUUACAUAGAGGAAUGGAGAAAAUUGCGGAAAAUCGAACAAUUAUACAAUAUUUGCCUUAUGUAACACGUUGGGAUUAUUUAGCUACCAUGUUUACAGAAGCAAUAACCGUAAAUGGACCCGAACAGCUAGGCAAUAUUCAAGUACCUAAAAGGGCUAGCUAUAUUAGAGCUAUUAUGCUGGAGUUGAGUCGUAUCGCUUCCCAUUUGUUAUGGCUUGGUCCUUUUAUGGCAGAUAUUGGGGCACAGACCCCUUUUUUCUAUAUUUUUCGAGAACGAGAAUUAAUAUAUGACCUAUUUGAAGCUGCUACCGGUAUGCGCAUGAUGCAUAAUUAUUUUCGUAUCGGAGGAGUUGCUGCUGAUCUACCUUAUGGCUGGGUAGAUAAAUGUUUGGAUUUUUGCGAUUAUUUUUUAACUGGGGUUGCUGAAUAUCAAAAGCUUAUUACACGAAAUCCUAUUUUUUUAGAACGAGUUGAAGGCGUAGGUAUUAUUGGUGGAGAAGAAGCACUAAAUUGGGGUUUAUCGGGGCCAAUGCUACGAGCUUCGGGAAUCCAAUGGGAUCUUCGUAAAGUUGAUCGUUAUGAGUGUUAUGACGAAUUUGAUUGGGGAGAUUCAAUGGCAAAACGAAGGUGAUUCAUUAGCUCGUUAUUUAGUACGAAUCGGUGAAAUGAGAGAAUCCAUCAAAAUAAUCCAACAAGCCUUGGAAGGAAUUCCAGGGGGGCCCUAUGAGAAUUUAGAAAGCCGGCGCUUUGAU